AUGGAUGUGGAUGAACCCGAGGUCACCUACCUGCCCCAGCAGCCCCUGCCGAGGGUACAGGUUCCUGCAUUCUACGACGCGCACCGCGAGAAGCACACCCCGCUAUGCAUCGACAACGGCUCGACGCACCUUCGGUUCGGGUUCUGCACAUCCGAGAGUCCACGCAUGGGCGUGAACAUGAUCGCGAAGUACAAGGAGCGCAAGACAAAUAAGCCUCUACUGCUAUUCGGUGACGGCAUUGAUAUCGAGGGCGGAGCCCGCUCGCAGGCGCGAACACCAUGGGAGGGAGACGUGUUGCUCAACUUCGACGCGCUGGAGAACGCGUUGGACUACGCGUUCAUUCAGCUUGGAAUUGACACCCCAACUGUAGACCAUCCUGUCCUCAUGACGGAGCGGCUGGCUUCCCCGCUACACUCAAGAGCAUUGACCUCUGAACUCAUGUUCGAGCAAUACUCCGUCCCCUCCCUCGCGUUCUGCGUCGACUCGGUCAUGUCGUUCUACCAUAACAAGCUCCCGUCUCCACCCGUCCCCUUCCAUUCCGACGGACUCGUAGUCUCUUUCAACACCGCGUCCACGUCCGUCAUACCCGUAUUAGAUGGCAAGGGCCUCAUGAACCAUGCAAAACGAAUACCCUGGGGCGCAUCGCAAGCGACAGACUACCUUCAAAAGCUGAUCCAACUCAAGUACCCCACCUUCCCGAACAGGGUUACCCCCAUCCAGACCAACUGGAUGCUGCACAACUUCUGCGAGUUCGCAACCGACUACACCGCGCUUCUGCGGCAGCUCAAAGACCCGUUGGAGAUGCGCGGUGCGGACCGCAUCAUCCAGUUCCCGUACACUCUUCCCGUCGUCGAGGAGAAGACGGAGGAGGAGCUCGCACGAAUCGCGGAACGCAAGAAGGAACAGGGCCGCAAGUUACAGGAGCUCGCUGCCAAGUCUCGCAUGGAGAAGCUUUUGCAGAAGGAGAACGACCUUGUGCGCCUGCAAAGCGUUCGGGAGCGGCGAGAAGAGGAGAGCAAGCGCGAAUGGGCAGACACUCUAAAAGAAGAGGGCUUCCCGAACGACGCUGCAUUAGAGGCCACGAUCAAGAAGCUGGAGGCAGACCUCAAGAAGGCGCGCAAAAAGGAGGCAGACGGGGAGAACGAAGAGCCCGAUUUACCCCCUUCCUUCCCUCUCGUGGAUGUCCCAGAUGAAGAUGACGGCCUGAAAGAGAAGAAGAAGCAGAAACUCCUGAAGGCGGGGCACGACGCGCGCGAACGAGCAAAGCGCGAGAAGGAGCGCGAGCGCGAAGAGCGCGAGGCAGAGGAGAAGCGCGAAGUCGAGGAGCGCGACCGCGACCUUUCCGGGUGGGCGUCCCGGAUGCGCAAGGAGCAGGAGACGAUCAUGACGCGCAUCAAGGAGCGUAACAGGCGCAAGGCGGCGUUGAACGACAGGAAGAGCGCAGCGUCGCAGGCGCGGAUGAAGAGCAUCGCGAACCUGGCGGCGGACGACCGGGUCCCGAAGAAACGGCGCAAGGCGGGCGGAGAGGACAUGUUUGGUGCGGAUGAUGCUGACUGGGCCAUUUACCGAAAGAUCAACAAUGCUGCCGCAUCGUCCGAUGAGGAGGAAGACUUCGCGACCCUUCAGUCGCUCGAGCAGAAACUGCUAGCCUACGACCCGACGUUCACCGAGGAGCACACGCACGCGUCGCUAACCUCACAGCGGUCCGCGCUCAUGUCCGCCUUCCGCCCACAGUACGAGGAAGGCGACGUCAAGGGCAAGACACGCAUCCACGUUAACGUCGAGCGUUGGCGCGUGUGCGAGGCGUGGUUCUCGCCGAGCAUGGCAGGCAUCGACUCUGCAGGGCUCGGCGAGGUCCUGCAGAACGUCCUCGCGCGCUUCUCCGACCAGGAGAAGGGCCGGCUCGUCCAGAACGUGUUCCUCACUGGCGGCCCCUCGCAGCUCCCGAACCUCAUCCCGCGACUGCACGCGACGCUGCGCCCGAUCCUGCCGCCAGAGAUGCCGCUGGACAUCGUACGCGCGGCAGACCCGACGAGCGACGCGUGGCGCGGGAUGGCGGACUUUGCGAAGACGGACGAGUUCGCGCGCGUCGGCGUCACGAAGGCCGAAUACGAGGAGUGGGGCGGGGAGCGCAUCAAGCGGUGGUGGGGCGGGAACUGGAACGCGUCCGUGCCCCUGUAG